AUAACACAAGACAUGUCUUUCUAAAGGAGAACAUACACCACCAACUUUUACUCUGAAGAAGAAGAAGCCAUGACAUGGCUACUUUAUCCACAUUAACCUCAUUUCCUUAAUUAAGCUGAUGGAAGUUUGAGUCUUUUGACUCACCUGUAAGGAAAGGACAAGGAGUUUUGUUUUUUUUCCUUAAUUUCUCAUUUUGGAAGAUGUUUAUCUCACUUCAGGAGAGGUCAAAGGUACACGAGGAGAAAGCUACAAGUGUUUGUUAGAAAUAUUUUUACCUCAGAAGACCACUUUACCUCACGCAACACGAAGACUCAUGUUGACAUGUUAGCAUCCGGCUAAUAUAUUUUCAGUCAGUUGUUUUACAGAGAAAAAUAUGACCUCACUUUCAUUACAUUUAAUGAGGAAUUUAGAAAGCAAAAUGGCUAAAUUGGAGACUAAAUUGGUAUUUUGUUUGCUGGCGUUGCUGGCGUUAACCUGCGCCGAAGCCAAGGACUCGGAAGGAAGAUCUAACGGUUUGCGCGCGCUCAAUGUCACGGCCGCGCGAUCCCCGCGCGCGCCGCCGCCCAUGUGCACGGGACCCACAGAGAUCCGUGACGCGUUCAGGUACAUAAACGCAGCCGUGUCGGGUCUCGUGUUCAUAGCGGGGCUCGUGGGCAACUCGGCGCUGCUGCGGAUCAUCUACGCGAACGAGCGCAUGCGCAGCGGACCCAACCUGCUCAUCGCGAGCCUCGCGCUCGGUGACCUCGUGCAUGUCGUAAUCGGCAUCCCCAUUAACGUGUACAAGCUUCUGGCUGAAGACUGGCCUUUUGGUGUUGGAGUCUGCAAACUGGUUCCUUUUGUGCAGAAGGCAUCAGUUGGUAUCACAGUCUUGAGUUUGUGUGCAUUAAGCAUAGACAGGUACCGUGCAGUAGCAUCCUGGAGCCGCAUCAAAGGAAUCGGAGUGCCCAAGUGCACAACCAUCGAGAUCAUACUGAUAUGGUUGCUCUCCAUCAUUCUAGCAGUGCCUGAGGUCAUCGCCUUUGACAUGAUCAGUAUGGAUUAUAAAGGAGAUCACUUGAGGAUCUGCCUGCUGCAUCCCAUGCAAAAGAGCCAGUUCAUGAAGUUUUAUAAGUCAGCUAAAGAUUGGUGGCUCUUCAGCUUUUACUUCUGCAUGCCACUGGCCUGCACUGCCAUCUUCUACUCCCUCAUGACCUGUGAAAUGCUGCGAAAGAAGGACAGUGUGCAGAUUGCUCUGAACGACCACUUGAAACACAGACGUGAGGUGGCCAAGACUGUGUUCUGCUUGGUGUUGGUCUUUGCUCUGUGUUGGUUGCCUCUGCACCUGAGCCGUAUUCUCAAGCUCACCCUUUAUAAUGAAGACGAUCCAAACCGCUGUGAGCUUCUGAGCUUCUUCCUGGUCCUUGAUUACAUUGGGAUCAACAUGGCUUCAGUGAACUCAUGCAUUAACCCAAUAGCUUUAUAUAUGGUCAGCAAACGGUUUAAGAGCUGCUUCAGGUCUUGCCUCUGCUGUUGGUGUCUGCCCCCUGAGGUGUUAGCAGUGGAUGAACAGCAGUCCUGCAUGAAGCUGAAAUCAGGAGAGCGAGGGUCAGAACAGAGCAGCAGCCGAGUCACAAACAAGUACACUUCAGUUUAAGUGCUAACCUGAGGGCAAUUCUGUAUAUACAAAGAGUAGUACUAUUUGUAAUACACACUUGUUGACUUCCAGUCACCAUUCAGAAGUGUGCAUCAUCUGCACCAAGGGCAGCAUGUGGGCUGAGAUUGUCUCACAUUGUCUCACGUAGGUCAGAACACACUUAAAAUGUACAUAGUCAUAUUAUCUUGCUACAUAGUAAACCAUUAUCAGCUCUGAUUCACAUAUAAAUGGUAUAAUAAAAUCAAAUGUACAUGUAGGAAAUCAAAUGAAACACACCAUGUUGUUAAAAUCACCAUGAUGUUGAUAUGAUCACUUGAACCUCCAUGGUGUCAUCUCACACACUUCACUUGAACUCGUAAAGUAUUAAUAUAAACCUUGCAGCUGGAGCUGCUGUUAUAGAAAAUUAUCCAUCAUCUUCUGAGCAAUCGGAUGUGAGAAUUCAACAACACUGUGGUAUAAAAUGAUUUAAAACGUUGUUAUAUUAGGUUGAAUAUAACUCCUAAAGAUGUGGAAAAAAUGGACAGAAAUUCAUCUUAAUGUUACAUUGAAUACUCAACGCUGCAGGCAUAUUUUUCCAUGCUGACAAGAGCAAACACCUAUUAGCUUGGUAUGAUUUUUAGUAUUAUAUGGGUCACUUUUGUACAGAACUAUUACUAACUGUGUUGUAUUAUUAUUUAAUCUAACUCUGUUGUUACAUGUUAGUUUAGUAUCACAUAUUUAAAUCAGCCACUGUGAUUUUGUUUUCAUUACUUUUAUGUAUUUUGAAGUUCCAUGAAAUGUCUUUGACUAUAUGAUUUGCUUUUAGAUUAUAUUACAUUGGAUAUUAGUGUUACUCCACAAAUCUAACUGUCCAUCUACUGAAAUUUUGCAUUAUAUGUACGUAAAAUAUAUA